CGCAGUUGACGCAUGCGUCUUGAGGACUUCCAGGAUUUAUUUCACGCUGAGGGUGGCGGUGACGUGAUGACAGAGAAGGAGGUGGUCCGGGAACGGAAGCCGGGAGGGAACUAGGGCGGAAGAGGACCAGGGCCAGGGUUGUGUUCGGGUCCUUGCCGGGGCUGGGGUUCCGAUGUGGUCCCCGGAGCGGGAGGCCGAGGCCCUGGCCGGGGCAGACUCGGCAGGCCUACUGCCCCCCGAGUGGGAGGAGGAUGAGGAGCGCAUGUCCUUCCUGUUCUCCGCCUUCAAGAGGAGUCGCGAGGUGAACAGCACCGACUGGGACAGCAAGAUGGGCUUCUGGGCGCCGUUGGUGCUGAGCCACAGCCGCCGCCAGGGGGUGGUGCGCCUGCGUCUGCGGGACUUGCAGGAGGCCUUUCAGCGCAAGGGUAGCGUCCCGCUGGGGCUGGCCACCGUGCUGCAGGACCUGCUGCGCCGAGGAGAGCUGCAGCGGGAGUCAGACUUCAUGGCCAGUGUAGACAGCAGCUGGAUCUCCUGGGGGGUUGGGGUCUUCCUGCUGAAGCCUCUCAAGUGGACUCUUUCUAACGUGCUGGGGGAGAAUAAGGUCCCAGCUGAGGAGGUGCUUGUGGCUGUGGAGCUGCUCAAGGAAAAGGCGGAGGAGAUGUAUCGUCUGUAUCAGAGCUCUCCUCUCUCCUCCCACCCUGUGGUGGCCCUUUCGGAGCUGAGCGCCCUCUGUGCCAACUCCUGCCCAGAUGAGAGGACCUUCUACUUGGUGUUGCUGCAGCUGCAGAAGGAGAAGAGAGUCACGGUCCUGGAGCAGAAUGGGGAGAAGAUUGUGAAGUUUGCCCGGGGCCCACAUGCCAAGGUGUCUCCUGUCAACGACGUGGAUGUCGGGGUGUACCAGCUGAUGCAGAGUGAGCAGAUUCUCUCGCGCAAAGUGGAGUCCUUAUCCCAGGAGGCAGAGAGGUGUAAAGAAGAAGCCCGCCGGGCAUGCCGAGAAGGAAAGAAGCAACUGGCACUGAGGUCUCUCAAGGCCAAGCAACGGACGGAGAAGCGCAUUGAGGCCCUGCAUGCCAAGCUGGACACUGUUCAAGGCAUUCUGGACCGGAUCUGCGCCUCCCAGACAGAUCAGAUGGUAUUUAAUGCCUACCAGGCUGGGGUAGGAGCACUCAAACUCUCCAUGAAGGAUGUCACAGUGGAGAAGGCAGAGAGCCUUGUGGAUCAGAUCCAAGAGCUCUGUGACACCCAGGAUGAAGUUUCUCAGACUCUGGCUGGUGGGGUAACCAAUGGCUUAGAUUUUGACAGUGAGGAACUGGAGAAGGAGUUGGACAUCCUCCUUCAGGACACCACCAAAGAACCUUUGGAUCUGCCCGACAACCCCCAUCAGACGUUUUAUACCAACAGUGUGCCUAACCCUAGGAUCUCAGAUGCUGAACUUGAAGCUGAACUUGAGAAGCUGUCUUUAUCAGAAGGAGGUUCCAUCCCAAGCAGUAAAUCUCCGAAAAGGCAAUUGGAACCGACUCUCUAAAGCCAUUGUAGGGACCCUCAUGUGAAGGACCCUCAUGUAAAAGAAAGACCAGGCUUGUGUGUGUAUAUAGUCAUUUAAAUGAGAAGCUCUUCACAGUUCGUGGGGAAGAGGAGGAAGGAGAACCACUCUGAUUUAUCUGGAUGCUACUACCACGUACUACAGGACAGAUAGGAUCUCUGGAAGCGUUGCCCCGCAGGCGUGCUCCCAGCUGGUGUCAUGGACCUGCCUUCUCAUCUUACUAGUGCCACACUUUAUACAGUUGUGUGUUUGACCCGUCGUCUCUCAUAGCCUGCAGUUCUUGUCAUUGGCUCAGUUAGGUUUGUCUUCACCCACCAGCUUUGUUCCAGCCCACGAAGGUGAAAGAUUUGCAGCUUUGUCAAAUCAAAAUCAGUCCCCCUACCAGCAACCCCCAUGGUCUUUUAGAGGGGUUUAUUCUGUCCGUAAUGUCAGUUAAAUUACUUACUCCUGUCCCACCUGAUUUAUACUGGUAAUGAGAAGAAUGAGACUCAAAUACUUAAAAGUUUUGUUUGAGGGGACUUAAUAGCUGCUAUUUUAUGGAGAAACAUACAGUGUAAAAGAUUUUUCUCUAGGGUUACCAAAAUCUCCAAGUGUU